GCUCGAGCGGGUCACCCCGGAGGGCGCCGGGCAGUUCCCACUCUGCAUCUGCCUUCUCGCCGCCUUCGUACGGCGGCCGGUAGGUCGCGGCUUUUUGCGGUGACUUCGGCUUCAGUCACGCCGGUGUGGCGGCGAGUCGGUUGCACUGCUGUGACCGUCACCUCCUAAAGAUGCAUCCUGACUUAUCACCACAUUUGCACACUGAAGAAUGCAACGUCUUGAUUAACUUGCUUAAAGAAUGUCACAAAAAUCACAACAUUCUGAAAUUUUUUGGUUAUUGCAACGAUCUUGAUCGGGAGAUGAGAAAAUGCUUAAAGAAUGAGUACGCAGAGAAGAGGUCCAGGAGCAGGGAGCAUGGCAAUGCAAUGCGAAGGAGACUGCUUGAGCUUCCUGAGGAGCCUGGAAAAUAGGUUGUUGCUUUCCUGUGAGUCUUGGCUGAGGGAAGACCAUAAGGGCUGUUGGUUGAUAGCCAGAAGGAUCCUCUCUUUGGCCUUCAGAGUCCUUUGAAGGAAGUGACCUGUGAGGAAGUGAACCAUGGAGCAAUGUGAUACAUGGAUCCUGAGUACUGAGCGAAGCCUUGAGCACGGUCAGCUCUGCCCACAAACCCGACUUCUCUGUGCUGCUUCCUUUUGUGUACAUCCAUUCAGAGUUAACUCGUCUUCAAUAAAAUAAUUUGUUUCUUC